AUGUCAAAAAAUGAAUUAGGACGUAUUGUGAUUAUUGGAGCAGGUCCAGGUGGUCUAACGCUGGCACGUAUUCUUCAACUCAAAGGCGUUGAAGUCAAAGUUUACGAACGAGAAAGUUCUAUUGAUGCUCGAUCCCGAGGUGGAACUUUAUAUCUACAUGUGAAAUCGGGACAAUAUGCUCUUCGAACUGCAGAGUUAUAUGAUAAGGCGCAACCAUUCUUUCGUCCUGAAGGACAGGAUAUGCGUGCAUCAUCGGUAAAUCUGGUGUAG